UACACGCACCACACGCAGGGCUACAGCAUGCCCUCCUACAACAUUAAAACCGAGGAUGGCCUCAGCCACUCCCCAGGACAGAACAGCCUCCUGGGCUACUCAAACUUCAGCAGCACUCCACCGAGCCAAGCUCUCUACAGCUACUCCACACACGGUGGCAGUAUUUCAUCUGGAAUUUUCCAAGGAACAAAUGCGAUCACCAGUUCAACUCCUUUUAACCCCACGCAACAGGAUUUCUCAGCCUACUCCAGCUACAGCCAGAGCCAGUAUUCUCCUUACUACAACUCCCACUACAACAGCCCGUACCUCGCAGGCAGCAACAUCAACCCAGCCGCCAUCACCUCCCCCUUAGCCUAUCAGCACCCGGAACACCCCGUAGUGCUGCCCAAUCACAGCCCGCAGUCACAUUCAGGAGAAUACCAACUGCCCCCCAGCCCCCCCACGCCAGGGAAGGAGGAAGGGGUCCCAGCUCGACGAAGCUCAGACGGAAAGCUGAGAGGCAGGAAGAGAGUCAGCGACCCCACCCCCCCCCUGGACUCGGAUAUAGAGCGCGUGUUUGUGUGGGACCUAGAUGAGACCAUCAUCAUCUUCCACUCUCUCCUCACAGGGAGCUUCUCCACACGCUUUGGCAAGGACUCUUCCAAAGCCGUGUCUCUGGGACUGUGGAUGGAGGAGAUGAUCUUCAACCUGGCCGAUUCCCGUCUCUUCUUCAACGACCUGGAGGAAUGUGACCAGGUUCAUAUUGAUGACGUGGCAUCAGACGACAAUGGCCAGGACCUGAGCACGUAUAACUUUGGCUCGGACGGCUUCCAGAGCCCGGCUGGGGCCGGGACCCUGUGUCUGGGCUCAGGGGUCCACGGAGGAGUGGACUGGAUGAGGAAGCUGGCGUUCCGCUACCGCAGGGUAAAGGAGAUCUACAACACCUACAAGAACAACGUGGGAGGUCUGCUGGGCAGUCCGAAGAGAGAGGAGUGGCUGCAGCUCCGGAGGGAGAUGGAGGUUUUGACAGACGUGUGGCUGACACAGGCCCUCAAGGCCCUGGCCCUCAUCAACUCCAGGCCCAACUGUGUGAACGUGCUGGUGACCACCACCCAGCUGAUCCCGGCCCUGUCCAAGGUGCUGCUCUACGGCCUGGGCUCGGCCUUCCCCAUCGAGAACAUCUACAGCGCCACCAAGACAGGGAAGGAGAGCUGCUUCGAGCGUGUGGCCCAGAGGUUCGGUCGCCGUGCGGUGUAUGUGGUGAUCGGAGACGGCGUGGAGGAGGAGACGGUAGCGAAGAAGAAGAACAUGCCAUUCUGGAGAGUGUCGUGUCGUGCUGAUCUGGAGGCUCUGAGCCAUGCACUGGAGCUGGACUACCUCUAGGAGGCGCCAGCCGUCCCAGCCUGCCCUCGACCACUUCCUAGACACAUCCCACGGACCAAUGAGUGCGCAGGCAGCGGACAUACACCCACAACUUCAAACCAAGACUAUAUGGGACCAAUUUUUGCAUCAGCAGGGAGUUGCAUCUAGUUACUGGAAAUAAUACUCUCUUUUUUUUCAUCUAUUUCCGCCUCUCUUUUCAUUGAAGGGGUCCCACUUUUGUAUUGUAGAGUGUUGCACUGAAAUACAAUGACCCAUUGCGCAGAAAGACAUUAAAUAGGGAUUAAAUGUUUUAGUUCUUCUGUCUAUCUAUUUGUUAGUUAAAUGUUUUUUUAUAUGGAAUAAUAAGGAAUAGGUUAAUACAAACUUUUAAAGAGUCCUAACAAAAAUUUUAUAAGCGAGAAUUAUUGCCAGCAAGUUAUUUGAGAGGAGACAAUUCUACUAUCACUAUUAAUUCAUUUUUAAUCUUCAACAAUUUUGUAUAAUAUUUCCCCCCAAAGUUACUGUGUUUUAGUCAGUAUUUAAGGAGAUUGUUAAGAAUAGUCUUAAUAGAAUUAGAUUGACCUAUGAAAUGUGACCUAUUUAUUUGAUCUGCAUGAACACAAAAAAAUCCAGAAAUAUAAUUUGGGCAAUGGGUUAGCAGAAUGUAACUCAGCUAUCUAGAAAAUGUUCAUUCUUUUUCAAACCGACUUUAUUCCUCCGGAGUUCUUAAAAAAAAAAAAAAAAAAAAAAAAAAAGAAGCUAUAGGCUAGUGCUUGAAUAGAAACCAGUUGUCUUCAAAUGAUGCUGGAAUGUACAUUUGUUGUCUUGUUUUAUUCUGUUUCUGUCUCUGAUGGUUUGUAUUCUUGUAUGCCAUGAAUCUGAUGAACUGGUGUGGUUGUCUCUGGACUUGCAUGUGCUUAUUACACAGCCUGUCAGCUUAGCUACGAUUUGUAUAUAAUGUUUUAUUGUUGAUUUGUUUUCGACAGACAGUUAUAAUAGAUUAAUAAAGAUAAAUUAAUUGUG